AUGAUCAAAUGUCAGAGCUUAAACGUGCCUCCCUGGAAAGUUGUUGCUUGGUUUCCGAUAGUCAUUGAUAUCUUGGAGGAUAUCAGGAUAGAAUUAAAGCGACUUAAGGACGGAGAUGUUGUAAAACCAGCUGAAAAGUUGUUGCCAAGACUUGCAAAACAUUGGCAAGAAUUAACAAAAGAAGUUGAAGAAUGUUUGUUUCAAGGAAUACAAGUCUACGAAGGAUGGCUCGCACGAUCACCAAAUGAUUGCCUAGAUGGUCUUUAUCAACUCACAGAAGAUAAUCCAAUGUGUCUGGCAUCCCGCUACAAAAACAUUAAGAUCGACAACAUCACUAAGUUAGAAGCUGUGUUUGACAUUGAGGGACUAAUAAAGCUUCUUUAUCAUUUUUCUCACGCGAAUGGGCGGAUCAAAGUCAGCAGGGCUGGAAGACAUCUUUGGGAUCUUCACGGGAAAAGGGAGUUUGCCGAUUUUUUCAAGAAUGUUUGCCAAUUGCCUCAUGUCAUGCAGCUACUAGACGACCAACCAUUACUGAAACUGUUGCCGCAUAACAGUGAUAGUUUCUUGGAGCAAUUUCAAGAAACUGUGAUGAGAAUGGUCUGGGAAGGUCUUGGUAAUUGUCGUUCGUAUAUGUUCAUCGAUGAAAAGGACCAACCAGUGACAGAAUUUGAAAAGGAGCAGCUAAUUUCCUUAAAUGCAUUGAGGAUCCUGCACUAG